AUGAGACAAUCCUUCCUUCCAUCGCCGACGCUUGCUCGAAGCCUCAGAAGCACACCCCAUAAUGCUUCUCCUAGUUUCUCGCGGGCUUUCGCCACUGUGUCGCGACACUCAUUGACGUCAACGCGGCCUCUCAAGCCAUCUCUCAUCGCAGCUGUGCGCCCACGCUCACCUGCGCAAAACACCGUGCCUGGACCAAGACGUAACGCUUGUGCGUGCGCCAAUGGUGGUGGUUGUGAGAGCAGUGGGCCGCGCAAGAGGACUGCGUAUAUUGCGUUGGGGAGUAAUAUGGGAGAUCGCGUUGCCGAGAUUGAACGUGCGUGCAACGAGAUGGAUCGUCGCGGAAUCAAAGUCAAGAGGACCAGUAGUCUUUGGGAGACGGAACCUAUGUAUGUUACCGACCAAGAUCGCUUUGUCAACGGCGCAUGUGAGGUUGAGACAGAACUGGAACCUAUAGCUCUGCUGGAUCAACUUCAAGCCAUCGAGAACGAUAUGGGACGUAAAAAGGUUAUCGACAAGGGCCCGCGUAACAUCGACCUGGAUAUUCUUCUCUAUGGUGACGAGACAGUCAACCAUGAGCGUCUCAAAGUUCCCCAUAUCGGGAUACUGGAGCGGGAAUUCGUUCUAAGACCCCUGGCCGAACUUGUACCAGCUAAAUCACUGGAUCCGAGAAAACCAUGGAAGCUCAUCCAGGAUAAUCUAAAUGAGUUGCCUCUGGGCGAGCCCCUCUCUUCCAUGACACCGCUUUCUGCAAAGGCAGGCUCUUUGACGCCUCUAGCUAGUAAAAGGAAAACUCAUGUCAUGGGUAUUCUCAACUUAACUCCGGACUCAUUUUCAGACGGAGGUCGUCAUGAUCGGGAUAACCUCGCACAGACCAUCGUGAACAUGGUCAACAACGGAACAUCUAUUAUCGAUAUUGGCGGCCAGUCUACUGCUCCUGGCCGGCCAGAGGUUUCGGCUGAGGAGGAAGCAUCUCGCGUUGUGCCCGCUGUUGAGCUCAUCCGCUCGAUCCCAGAAGCUCGUGAGGUGGCUAUCAGCAUCGACACGUAUCGUGCGUCCGUCGCAGAGCAAGCUAUUGCCAGCGGCGCAGAUAUUAUUAACGACGUAUCCGCUGGCAUGCUCGACCCGGACAUGCUCUCUACCGUUGCCCGCCUUCAAAAGACGAUUUGUCUGAUGCACAUGCGCGGCACACCGCUGACCAUGACAAAAUUGACCUCGUAUCCUGAAGGUUUGAUCCCUACCCUAGCAUCUGAACUUCUCUCCCGUGUAGUAGCGGCAGAGGAAGCGGGCAUCCGACGGUGGCGGAUGAUUCUGGAUCCGGGUAUCGGCUUUGCCAAGACGGGAGAGCAGAACCUUGAGAUCUUGCGGAGGCUUGAGGAGCUACGGUACUGGCCCGGGCUGGAAGGUCUUCCGUGGCUGGUGGGUUCGAGUCGCAAGACCUUUGUCGGGAAGAUCACGGGGGUCACGGAGCCGGCGCAGCGGACAUGGGGAACGGCGGCGACAGUUGCGGCGGCGGUGCAGGGCGGUGCGGACGUAGUGAGGGUACAUGAUACGGCUGAGAUGGGUAUGGUCGCAAAGAUGGCCGAUGCUAUCUGGAGAGUAUAA